AUGAAAAUCAUAAGCUGGAACUAUCGGGGGCUUGGGAACCCCCGAACAGUUCAAAUCCUUCGAUUACUAGUGAAGGAGAAGUUACCCGAUGUGGUUUUUAUUAUGGAAACUAAACUAAACUAUGUGAGAUCAAAUAGGAUUGCAAAGUCUUUGAAUUUUGAAGGGUGUUGUGUCAGCGAGGCCGUUGGUAGAAGUGGAGGGCUCAUUCUGAUGUGGAAACAAAAAGACUUACUUGAGUUAGUAAAUUUCUCAAGAUAUCAUUUUAAUGUGAUGGUUAAAGAUGGUUUCAGUAGUUUUAGUUGGUUGUUGACAUGUUUUUAUGGGCAUCCGAAUGCUUCUUUAAGAAAAUAUACUUGGAGCCUACUCUCUUCUUUCAAACCUGGUGAGGAGGGGUGGGUGGUGAUUGGUGACUUUAAUGAGAUUUUAUAUAACAAUGAGAAGGCAGGGGGAAAUUACAGAAGUGAAUAUCUCAUGAGAAGUUUCAAAAAGGUUCUAGAGGAGGGAAACCUGUUUGAUUUAGGGUGGAAAAGAAACAAGUUCACGUGGUGCAACCAUCAUGAAGAUGAGUCUUUUACCAAUGAAAGAUUAGAUAGAGUCCUUGCCAAUUCGAGGUGGAAAGCUUUUUACUCAAAGGUUUCAGUGGAAACACUUCCAACUAUCUGCUCAUACCACAGCCCAAUACUAUUUGAUUGUAGUAUUGAGAGGUGUUUAGAAGCCAGAUACUUCUUUCCUUUUAAAUAUGAAGCCAAUUGGAGUAAGGAAGAGGGGUGUAGUGAGACUGUUGGGGCAGCUUGGCAUGGUAGUAGUGGAGGAGAGACUGGUUUGACCAGGAUUUUAAAAAAGCUGGAUAGAACAAGAAGGGGGCUUCAAAGUUGGAGCAAAAAUAUGGUUAGAGAUAGAAACACAGCUAUUAAGGAAAAAACUCAGCUUUUGGGUGAAUUGCAGAGCUGA